GCUAGAUGGCCCUGGGCUUGUACCAGAGGGGCAAGAAGAUGAUGUAGGAUGUGGGGCUUGAUGUUAGUCCUGACUCUUCUCAGGAAGGAGCCUCUGGGUGUGGAUUUAACAGCUCAACCAAUAGGACAGAGGCGCGCUAGGGCAGCUCCAGUGAGAGUCUGGCUGCUCAAUCUUUGUCCUCAAGGGCUGUCCCUAGAUUCCUCACCCAACACUUCCCAGUGAUUCCUAGCCCCUUGACUCAACAGGCUGACCAUUUCAGUUCACUAAGAGUUUAUUUCAUGGAUGGCCCUGGUCUGUUUCAUCCUUAUUUGUAAAAGCCCAGAAGUUCAGGGGUCUUUACACUCCUGCUUGACAAACAGCCUCGCUAUCAAAAAUUAAAGCUUCUACAGAUCCUAGGUUGGAAAGGAUGAAAGGAAAGUGAGGACAGAGAUGGCCGAGUCACACACUCUGUGCCCUUCAUGAGGACAGAGAGAUUCCCAAGAGCUGAGGAACAUUCCAGCAUGGAGCUUAGAGUGAAUAUCACUGGCUAGAGUCUGAGAUAAGAUGGUUGUUCUCACAAGGAGCCGGGUCUGCAUAAUUGUAUCAGUAAUCAGCAGUAAGGCAAUUAGUUGUCCUCUUAAAGUUGUGACUAACCAAGGUGGAGAGCAGAGAAUGUGCAAUGGCCGCUGUAAGCCAGCAGUAGCCCAUCUCAUACUGUGUCCGUGUUGAUGGAGACCAAGUCAUUCCUCUUGGGUCCCUAUGCUUCCCUGACGCUAGCUUGAAGAAGAAAGAAACUUUCCCACGAAGUUUAUAAACACAUGACUUCACUGAGGCCCCGGAGGACCUAAGCUGAACUUAUGGAAUAGAGAGAAGCCCGAGAUGCUUUCCCAAAACAGGUGGAAACUCUGUCUUCUGGAAGUCCUUAUGUCGUUAUCAAUGCAUGAGGAUGUGUAGACCACUUUAGGUGUCACCUGGCCUCCAGGGGGAUCUCAGUAGGCCAGCCCCUCCAGAGCUCUGCUGCCUCCUUCCUGCUUCCCUUACCACACACAUUCUUCAAUUCCUGCACCCUCAGGUAUCUUGGGAUUGGCAGGCACAGCUCUCUGUCCCUCACUGCUUCUCAGCCUGGGAACAUGGAUUAUCCCUUCCUGCCUCCCCAACAUGACUUUGCCAAGGGUAGCUAUCAAGAAACAGUCCCUUCAGCUUAAUGAUGGAGCCUCUCUUUCCCAGGAUGGAAGGCCCCCUUUUAGCCCCUUUUGCCCCUGAGACUGGGACACACAUGGCUGCAGCCAUUGCUUUUUCUCUGGACAGUCUUUUCUUGGUCUCUACCCAAUGAUAAAUGAGCCCUGAAUUGAAGGUUUCCCACCACCCUCUGGAGCUCCUUCCAGUUUAGGGGAAUCCAGAAUUGAGACUCUCAGUGGCCAGGGUUGGGAACUGCCAUCUGGGGAACUGAAAAUGUGUCCUGUGCCAUCUUUAGGCUUUGCAUGCCGUGCUGCCGACCCUGUAAAGUCCUCUGUCACCAGCUUGUUUGGAUUACGUCUUAGCUUUCAUCAAGCCACAUGUAGUCCUGCUUAUGAUAUCAUAGAGCAAUGAGGGGGUCUGAGAGCCGACACCAACAAGCUGCCUACACUUAUUAGCUUUAACAGAUGGCCAGGCUCCAGGACAACGACAGCUCGGCUACCCCUGUUUACUGCAACUGAUCCCUCAAGAAGCACACGAGUCAGUCAGCAUUGUACUGAGUCAAGGUAAGAUUAGGAGAGCCAAGCAAGUCCUAUGCUGGGCAUCCUCAGAGAAGGACCUGGCUGGUUCUCAGAGUGCAGAUGAACUGGACACGAACAACCCUUUUAAUAAAACUUUGAUUUUAGCAUUUCUUAAUGUGACUCCUGCACUGUCCAGUUGGACAUAGAGUCUAUGACUUUGUUCCUUUUUAAAUCAGACCUCCUUCAUUCCUCGAAGUAACCUGCUUGGUCUCUGUGAACAGUCGCCCUGGCAGCCCAUGGCGUCCUUUGUCACCGUGGAAAUGCCUCCUAGGAAUUAAGAACAUGGAGUGUGGACCGGGAAAGAGACUCCUACAUUUCCAAGCAGAGGCUCGGAGGCCAAGAGAGAAACAGGAACCAGUGGCUUACCCACAGUCAACUGGUGGCCAUGUCUUCCUUGGGAUGGUUUCAAGUGACAUUAUUUCUUUGGAAAUAAGUUGAGAAGCAUACCAGAGGCAGUGUUUACUAAGGGUGUCAGUUUCUCAUCUGCAAAUCCCUUUGACAGCUGUCAUUCACUGUAGCCCCUGCCGGGUGUGUAGCUAUCAAGAUCUCGGGAUGAACUUGGAUGAAGUGGUUUGGGGCUCCAAUUACCCACUUUGCCUAUUUCUUUCCCGCCCUUACCUAGCAGUUUGCCUGUGACCUAGCAGUUCCCUCCUGCUCCUAGUUUGCUCUAGGCUGGGCACUCCUAUCUUCUCUGUUCCUCUGAGCUUUGCUCCCCACUUCCCUCCUCCAGUUUCUACUGCCUUUUGCCCCUUAACACUGCUUCAAGUGUAAGGAUAGAAAUCCUGUUUGUCCUCAGCAAACAAAAUGGUCCUUCUGUUCCCAUGACCUGCCUCCGUCAGUGUUGAUGGAAGAUAAUAACGAACAGCAAAAAGCGAUUUGUCUUCCUAAACACACACGCUCUUCGGUUUUCAUCACGGACUCUGCAGCAGUGAGGUAGUCUAUGCGCCUAGAGCAGAGGGUGGGGAGUGCAGAAAGAUCAGAGCGCUCAGCCCCAGCGUGGGAACACCACAGAGGGACAGCCCAGCCUCAUCCAAACCUCUUCCUUCCUCCCUAGCUAGGUAAGGCCACGGGGUAGAGGUGGUAGGGUGAGGUGCGUUGGUUUGGAUGGCACCAAGUCUAGAACCUUCCCUUUAGAUUCUUCUAAGAUCUCUUCAGAGGUGGGAAUUUCGGCUAAAUGACCCUCUUUUUAGAACAGGAUUCAUCCACAGGGAGCCUCCUGGCACUCAGCGGAAACCCCUAAGGAUGAGGCCUCCCCAACUUCUCCUCCUUUGGGCCUCAUUGUAAUUCAGGUCUAUGCUUCCUGUCUGACAGUGGUCUCUUUUCUCUCCAUCUUUAAUUAGCACUGUCAGUCUUAAUCCUCUGGAAAGAAGAGAGGAAGGAACGCAUGUCCCAACAACGGGCAUGUUUGCCAGACUCCGGUAAACACAGAGUUAUGACAUAUAUCAGGAACAUAUCUGCAUAUAGUUUUCUGUUCACUUAGCAGGGAGCGUUAGAGUUCUUUUUCUCUCCUGGGAUUGUUUUAAUGCCACUUUUGGUUACCACGUAUGAGGUGUUUUUUUUUUUUUUUUUUUUUUACUGAGUUGUCAAGCUCUUAGAUGGAGUCACCAUGAAGUGUCCCAGUAACUCAAUCGCUUUGGACUGCCUCGAGCCUCUUAAAUGCUUUGAUGGCAAAUACGGGUGGGAAGCCACCAUUCCAAACAGUGCGCCCUCAAAUUCUCCUAUGGAUUAAUUUGCUGGGUGGCCUGAAAUAGGUCAAAAGGUUUGGGCUUGGGAGUAGAAUUCUAGAAAUAAUCACCCUAUAGACACUCUAAAUCAAUCAUAAUUAAUGCUCCUGCCUAACUCUGCCAUCCAAUUGCUGCUGGAGGGUGAAAUAAAGAGACCCUUUCUAAUACAAUUUGAAAAGAGAUCAAAUCUGUCAUUUCAUCUAAUAAUUGAGCCAAAUGAGAAAAGAGAGAGGUCGAAGUUCACCGGGUGACCUUAUGUAAACCCAAUAAUGCAUAAUUCAUUUCCUCUUUAUGGAAUUUAAAAGCUGCUGUAAAUGGGCAGGACGGAUAGAGGCUCUGCUUCCCGCAGCUUCUGCCAGGCUACUUGUGUUCGGUCCUUUCCAGAGCUGCAACCAACUUUCCAGCGGCUGAUUCCAACUGAACAAUCCCCAAACCUUCCUCCAAAACGGGCCGGCAUUGAAUUGGUCUCCCAAGCGUGUGGAGUUAAUAAUUGAAUAAACCAUUGACAGCACUCUCGGAAUGAUAUAAAACCUGUAAUUUAUUUAUUGAGUGCUACAAAUACAGUUAAAACAUGUUUUCACGCAAAAUGCGUUUUCCUCUUUUUAAUAUUAUCAAAAGGGAGACUCUUGGUUUGGCUUUGAGGAAGAGGAAGCUGCAGACAGCCUUUAUGUAAUUUGUCCUUUCUCUCUUGGUGCCAGCAUAUUGGGAAGAAAUCUUGUCACUUUCCAGCUCGAACACAAUCUAGGCUGAGGACGGUAUAACCGGAAUUCAGAGCAUUUGAAGAAAACUUCUAGCAGGGGCGCCUUACCAUCUGAGCCAGGAACUUUGGCCUGGCAGAUCGUCUCCCGAGGAUAACUUUUGGAACUCCUAGGUAUCAGCCAACCAGAUCGCUGCUUUUGCAAAGAGCCCGUUUCCUCAACUGGCACCACCAAAGCAGUUGCUGCGUUUAGUUAAUGUGGUGAGUGCUGAUGGAGAGACACAGUAUGUCUCAGUGCUAUGAAGGUGGCCACAGGAUGCCUUUAGAACGUUCCGUGGCUGCAGUGAAGUGGUCUUUCAGUAGCCUAGCUUCUGAGUCCUUAGUUGAGAUCUUUCUCAGAGGAUGGAGAACCCUGCAGGUCCCUGCUCUCCGUGUUUUUUGACAUGCCCAGGACUCAAACUACACAGAGUACUCUUUCUCUCUGUUGCGUUUUGGAAUAGACGUUGCUCAGUGCCACCCCGAGGAUGCACUUGCAAACAUAGAGACGUGACCUUGCCAUUUUCUUUCGAUGAAGACUUUAGUAUGUCGUUAAGGGGAUGAGUGGAGGAGAAAUUGAUCUAGAGCAGUGGUUCUCAACCUGUGGGUCACGACCCCUUUGAAAACUCUCUCAAAAUAUUUACUUUAUGAUUCAUAACAGUAGCAAAAUUAUAGUUAUGAGGUAACAACAAAAAUAACUUUAUGAAAAAAUAGGUGGGGGUCACCACAGCAUGAGGAACUGUGUAUUAAAGGGUUGCAUCAUUUAGCCUUCUGUAACAAGAAGGAAAUUCCACUAACUCUUUGAGUCCCAGAGUUCUACUGUUUACUGAUUUUUUUCCCCUAAACAAUAGCUAACUUGCCUAAAAUAAAAAAAUCACGGGCACUUAUAAAAAGUGGAUGGACGAUGUUAUAUUUUGUAGAAACAAUUUAAAGGCUCAUCAGAGUGAAAUCAUUAAAUAAAAUUAUAAAGUCCUCAAAAUGAAGAAAUAUUCUACAGGCACAAAAAAAUGAUGACUUUAGCCACAUUCAGAGACUCCUAAAAUGUUUCACUGAGUAACAAAGCGCGGCAUGAUAUAACCUGAGAAGUAUGAUCAAAUUCCAUUCUUUCUUUAAGCAGGAAAGAGAGAAAUGUGCUUUCGAACUUAGCACGGAUCAGUGUAACAACACUCAAGAAGGCAGAGGGCAGACACUAACAAGGAAGCCUGGGUCACAGCCCAAGUUGACUUUCAGAUGAUAGAAUGGAUGACAGAUUAAAAAACAAAUUAAACAAUGCUGGAAUAUUUGGUAAUCUGUAAUAAACCCAUAAUGGAAACCCACAUCAAACUUUUGGAACAAAAAGGUUGCAUGAAAAUGUAUUAAUUCUGUCCAUACUGUUGUAGGCACACGCAUACUGACACAUGCGCAGACAUGCAUGCAACCACAGAGAGAUUCACCAACACUGAAAUGAAAAUCUUCAGUAUGAUGUGGGAUACCUCAUACAAACUUGGAAGACAGACUAAGGGGCUAUUUUAGAGUGGCUGUCACCAGGAAAUGAUGUAUAUAAGUGUAAAGUGGGCUUGGGACAUAGCUUGGUGCAAAUCGUUCCUUGGCAUGCAGGAGACCCUCAAGAAAAAACCUCGGGGUCCCUUUCUGCAAGAGAAAAGAAGCAAAAACAGCUAAAAAAAAAAACAAGUCAUGGGGGAAGUAUAUUGACAAUUCCUAGAAGAAGGAAUCUAAAUGACCAACAGAACUCUGAACAGAAGCUUGAUGUCUUUAGUGAGAAGAGAAAUGAACAUUUAAAGAAAAUUACUGACACAUUUUACUCCUAUCCAUGGCAAAGUAAUAAAAACAAAAUGGAGGGAGGGGCAAAUCCUGGAAGUAUCCAGUGCUGUCGACUCUGGAGAGAGAGCGAACUCCUAGGUUUACUCUGUCCUGCAGCAACAGCGGUCUGGGGAGAGGUGGCUCAGUAGACAAAUGUCCCUGGCACCAAGAAUGACAGCCUGAGUUCAAUAUCGGGCAACCCACAUUGUGGAAGGAGAGAACCAACCCUAGCAAGUUGUCAUCUGGCCUUUACAUGUGUGUUGUGGUAUAUGUGACCCUCACAAGAAAGUAAAAAUAGUUAAAAUGGGAGAUUCCUAUGUACAGUCCAAGAAGAUGGGCAUGAGGAGUUUCUUAGUUGACAAGACUAACAAAUGGGAAACCUUCUGGAUGCACUGAUAAGCAGUCGGGUGUUAGACUCCACCACAGAGGGGCACAGGCUCUGGGCGGGGGGCGGGGGUGAUGGUACAUAUCUUUAAUCUCAUCGCUUGGGAGGCAGAAGCAGCUGGAUCUCUGUGAGUUUGAGGCCAGCCUGGUCUACAGAGUAAGUUUCGGGACAGCCAGAGCUACAGAGAGAAACCCAGUCUCAGAAAAAACCAAACCAAACCAAAUAAAACUAUGUUUAAUUUUUAUUCUUUAAUUCUGAGUAGGCUUAGCUUUCUUUUUCUGUAUCAAAAAACCAAACGGGAUAAGAAAAAGACAAAGACAAAGAAAACAGGUAUUGACCUAGGUAUAUUGAUACUAUUUUACUAUUUUGACACACACACACACACACACACACACACAUAUAUAUAUAUAUAUAUGUAGAGAGAGAGAGAGAGAGAGAGAGAGAGAGAGAAAGAGAGAGAGAA